UAAUAAAUGUUUAAUCACGUGCACAUACGGGUAAGCAGUAGGUGACCAGCUGAGACACGUGAGCUUCGCAAGAUGUCUUCCCCUUCGUAUUUCAGUGGCGAAGGACGUAAAGGCGAAGUCAAUGAAUUGAGGUUGCUGUUGAGAAAUCCAGACGUUCAGCGUGACAGCGCAAAAUACAGAACGGUUGUACAGCGUGUUAUCAGUUACAUGACGCUUGGUAUCGACAUGUCACGUCUUUUUACUGAAAUGAUUAUGGCUGCUGCGACUAAUGAUUUGGUGCGGAAGAAGUUGGUGUAUUUGUACAUGUGCAACUAUGCAGAGUCUCAUUCUGAUCUCGCUCUUCUCGUUGUCAACACGCUUCAGAAAGAUUGCAAAGAUCAAGAUCCGACGAUCAGAGGACUGGCGUUACGGAGUAUGUGCUAUCUCAGAUUGGUUAACCUAGUUGAGUACAUUCAACGUCCUCUUGUUGCUGGGUUGGACGAUCGCAGCUCAUAUGUUCGGAAAACUGCUGUAAUGGGAUGUGUCAAGAUGCAUUAUCUUGCACCGUCUGUCAUAAGAGAUCUUGGGAUAAUUGAUAAGUUGUACAGUCUGCUGGAAGACAAAGAUCCUCAAGUUGUCUGUAAUUGUAUUGUUGCCCUCGAUGAGAUGCUGGCUGGUCAAGGAGGAAUGCUAAUCACUCAAAACAUUGCUCAUUUGCUACUGUCUAGGCUGAAGGAGUUCACUGAGUGGAGCCAAUGUUUGGUACUGCAGCUGCUCACGAGAUAUCGACCAUCGAAUGAAGAGGAAAUUUUUGAUAUCUUGAAUGUAUUGGAUGAUCGGUUGAAGCAUGUCAACUCGGGUGUUGUACUGGCUGCUGCUCAACUCUUUCUUUCACUUACCAUGGAGAUGGAGGAACUGCAUGAAGAUAUCAACGAGAGAAUGAAAACUCCGUUACUAACAAUGUUGGGAUUAGGAAGCAGCUCUCCAGAAUUGGUGUAUGCGUGUCUUCAUCAUAUACAGUUGUUGCUACAUAAACAGCCGAGGCUGCUUGACUCAGAUUUCAAGUCAUUCUUUUGCAGAUACAAUGAUCCAUCAUACGUAAAAGUCAAGAAGUUGGAGUUGCUGGUUGACAUAGCAACUGAGCUAAAUGUACAAGAAAUUGUUGAAGAGCUGAGUGCUUAUGCAACUGAUGUCAAUAUGGAGAUGAGUUGCAAGGCAAUUCGUGCUAUUGGUCGUAUUGCUGUGUUGCACUCGAGUGCUUCUGAUUUCUGUCGCAUGAAGUUGUUGGCUCUUCUAUCACUGGAGGUUGAUCAUGUGACCACAGAAGUAUUCAUUGUAAUGACAGAUCUCGUACGCAAAUACAGUGAUGCGUCGUCCGACAUUGUGUCGCACCUGGCAUCAAAUGUCGAUAUUGUAACGAGUCCGGAAGGUAGAGCUGCAAUCGUUUGGAUGUUAGGAGAAUUCGGACAUGAAUUGGCGGAAGCUCCGUACUUGCUAGAGUCUAUGAUUCAUGAAGUAGCCGACGAAAAGAGCUCACAGAUUCGUCUGCAGCUGCUGACUGCGACUGUGAAACUAUUCUUCAAACGACCGCCGGAGUGCCAGGAAAUGCUCGGGCAAUUGCUGAAGCACUGCAUCAACGAGGAGACGGAUAUGGACGUGCACGAUAGGGCGCUGUUGUACUACAGAUUGCUGAGACGUGGUGUCGCUCAUGCUCAACGUGUUGUAGCAAGUCCGAAAGAAGCCGUCAAUUUGUUUGCUGAAGACAGAGUCGUCGAGGCAAAAGACCGCCUUUUGUCCGAGUUCAAUUCGUUGUCUGUUAUUUACGGUCAACCGUCUCUCAACUUCGUUCCUCAAGUACCGCCUUAUGCGCUAGGCACUGACGGGCUUGAAUCAGAGAGCCUGUACGACCGGUCGCCAUUCUUAGGCAGUCCGUCUUCCUCUCGAAGCUCCAAAUCGGAAGUUCAGGAAGCAAAGACGAGAAAAUCGUUUGACUCUUCUGUAGUUCCUCUUGGGGUGAUUUCCGUACCUUCCUCUAGUCUAGAUCCUGCUGUGGGUGAUCUGCUGGGAUUUGGUCUUGCUCCGGAAGAGACGCCACCUAUCAUACAAUUGAAAGAAAAUCCACAGAUAACUCCUGAAAGGUUUGAACAACAAUGGAGAUCUUUGCCUAAGAGUGAGUCUCUUCAACUGUUACUAUCCGUUGUGCCGUCACCAGAAGAACUAGAGCAAACCAUGACUACACAGAGAAUCGCUACUAUGGCGUCAAGUCCUCCUAACCAACGUAUUGCGAAAUUCUAUUUCUAUGCCCAACAGGCUGACUCUGAUAUGUUCUUCUUCAUUGAGACGACAAUCGAAGUUUCGAGCUUCUCGAUGACGUCAGUGUUCAAGUGUCAAGAUGCUGCUAUGCUAGAUUUGUUCAAGGAACACUUUAGGAAGUCACUCGUGGGCAAAUGGAUGCCUCUAGAAUUUUGAAAAUUGCUUGAGACAGCAAAUAUUGCUGCAGAGAAUUUGUGAACUUGUGAAUUUUGUAUUUUCUAUAGUUUGUUGCUUGAAGCAAUCUAAUGUGUCUUUAGUACACACUCUCACUAUGUAUUAGAAGUGAAGACAGACAACAAGAGUUUUCUCUAUUGUCGCUUAUUCGAGAGACUCUAGUUUUUGGGUCUAGAGUGACAAUCAUCUUCAAAAAUUCUAUCAAUCUUUUCGUGCAUAACGGAA